UCGAGCUUAACACGGCAACUUCAAGCUGUAUGCAAGAACGGCUAUUUGUACUCCUAAAUAUUGACAUGGAAUCAAGAGAAAACAGAAAUCUAUAUUACAUCAGAAGAGUAAUUAAUGUGGUACAAACGGAACUUGCUCAAUUUUUCAUCAAAGAAUGGAACUCUCGUUACAAAUCAACUUAUGGAGAAUGGGAUAAUACAAACAACAGUGGUAACAAAUUUUACAAUUUGGAAUCAGGAAGAAAAAUAGACCGAAAUACUCGACAAAAAUAUCAGGAUGGAGACACCAGUAAUUGGGACUGCACAAUAUUAUUUGAUGCUAUACUUUUUUCAAAUUCAAUUGGAAACCAUCUUGACACAAAAGCAAAGGAUGCUGUUCAUGCACUUCGUGAUGAAAGAAACAAAUACGCACAUUGGUAUGAAAGCAAAUGCUCAGAUGAUGAUUUUGAUAAAAUAGUCAAUAUCAUUGAAAAAUCAUUUCAAGAUUUGAAAUUUUCCCUCGAUGGAAUCAAUGAAAUAAAAAAUCAUCGUAACAGUUUUAAUUCAUUCCAAGUUCUUCCUUCAAGACCUAAUCAUUUUCUCAUUGAACGCACUGAAUUACGAGACAAAAUUAUAAAAGAUCUUCGAAAAUUAAGGAAUGAUAACAAUAAUGAGCUGACAUAUUUCUACAUCUCUGGUAAUCCUGGCAGUGGUAAAUCUCAACUUGCAAGACAGGUUUGUGAAAAAAUAUCGUGUGAUUGGAACAAUAAAACUUCAUUUGUAAUGACUCUUGAUGGAAAAAAUGAGGAAUCUCUUUUUAAAACUUACUCCGAACUUGGAUACGGUUUAAACUGUGACAAGUAUAUGAUUAAAAAAUUUGAAGAUGAAAACAGUUCUAUCACAAACAAAGUGAAGAAUUUGCGAUCGUUAGUAUCUACACGAUUAAAAUUCUGGCAAAAUUGGUUGAUCAUUGUAGGCAAUGUGGUACAGCUCAGCAAAAUUUCUUCGUUACUUCCCCAAGUUGGUGAUCCCAUGUGGAUAAAUGGACAAAUCAUAGUAACCAUCCAGAACACAGAUGCCGUACCUCAAGACGAUGAGUUUUACAAACAUAUUUCUAUCAGAAAUGGAAUGAAUGAUAGGGAAUGUUUUCAACUGUUGAAGCAUUACACUAAAAAUGAAUAUGAUGAUGAUCAAUUGUUGAAAGAAGUAUCGCACGCAUUAGAUCGUCAACCGCUGGCUUUGGCUGCUGCUGGUCAUUAUGUCAGUCGUGUAAACAAAGCAAACAAUUCAUUUUCUUGGAGUCAAUAUUUAAAGAAAAUAUCUUCAGAAGAAGAUGAAAACAUGGACGCCACUUUUGUUAAAUUUAACUCAGUAUAUCCUAGAAGUAUGUUACAAGCUUCCCUUUUAGCUGUCAGACAAAAUGCUGAAGAAUCCUUAUUACUGGCAAUUGUUAUUAACUUUUUCUCUGUUAUAUCGUUUUAUCCUAUACCACGAGACAUUAUUGUUUUUUAUGUUCAAUUAAUUGAUCCCAAGCACUCAAAGGAAGAUGUAUGUCUUUGUUUAAAGGACUGCUCACUGUUCUUGCAUUCAGAAAAUAAUGACAUUAGUCUACAUCGCAUUGUUCACAAAGCAAUUAAUGUUUAUCAAUAUGAACACUUAAAUAAAGAAUGCAAAAUAGAACAAAGUUGCAAUUUGCCUUCUCUUCAAUCAAACGUUGACCAAAUAGUUUUAGCACUUUACAUGUUUAAAGAGAGAGACGACGAAAGCAAAUUGAUACCACAUCUUGAAAAUUUUCUUCAAUUGUUAAGGACCAACAAGACAAAAAUCAACAUGAAUGCUUUACAAGUUUUCCAAUAUUUUGUUGACAGAUUAAGACAUUUUGGAAAAUACGAUCUUGCUCUUGAACUAUUGGAUAAAUUUAAAUCAGAAGAAUCUAGUAAUGACAAAGCUUGGUAUUUUAGUGUCCUCGGUCUUUUAUACCAUGACACUGGGAAGUAUAGCGAAGCUAAAAAUCAUCUUGAAAAGGCUCUGGAAAUUCGAAAACAAUCGCUAGGUCCAAAUCAUGUUGAUGUCGCUGCGUCUUUAAACAAUCUUGGUGUGAUGUAUGAUAAAACUGGAAAUUACGACAAAGCUAUAGAGUUUCACGAAAAAGCUCUGAAAAUUCAAGAACAAUCGUUAGGUCCAAAUCAUAUUGAUGUCGCUGCAUCUUUAAAUAAUCUCGGUUUGCUUUAUGAUAAAACAGGAAAACACGACAAAGCUACAAAGUUUUUUGAAAAAUCUGUAGAAGUUCGAAAAUUGAAUGUGCCAGAUAUCACAAGUGGUGAUGAUGCUAAUGCUAAUGAUGUCGUAAAUUCUCCUGGUGUUGAAAAUACAAAACAAGAAUCAAAGUUGCAAGAGUGGAAGUACAAUGAUGAAUCAAAGAAGCAUAAAGAAAUGUUUUCAAAUCUGCUUAAACGAGCACGCGAUUCCAGUGUGGAGGUUGAACAAGUGAAUGAUGUUCGUGUGAUUUUUUCGGACGUGUUUUGCAUCGGUAAAGGAAAUAACGAGACCCGUGUUUUUCUUGGACUGAGAAAGGAUGGUUACGGCAAAGCAGUGAAACGAAUACGUCGAGACAACUGCAUGAAGCUUGCACAGAAAGAAAAAGAAAUUUUAAAUCAAUUCAACGCAAAGAAAUCGAAAUAUGUUGUGAAUUAUUCCUUCUUAGAAGAAGAUACUGGAACGGAGUAUGUCUAUUUAAUAUUAGACUUAUGUGAAGAAUCGUUGGAGAGUUAUGUGAAAUCUUCUUCUCUAAGUGAUCUUCAAAACGCUCUUCCCAAAAUUAUUAGACAAAUUUUAAAUGGAUUAGCUGAUCUUCAUAGUGGCGAAAAUCCUAUUAUUCAUCGGGACUUAAAGCCUACCAAUGUUCUCCGAGACUCACAAGACAACUUUCUGAUAGCUGACUUUGGCAUUAGUCAAAUAUUGAAUAAUGAUUGUACGACAUAUGAAAGCAAGCCUAACACAGGAACGGAGUAUUGGAUUGCACCUGAAUCAUAUUGUGAAGAUGAAGAUUCUGUUGAUAAAGGACGGUACAAGAAACAAUCUGAUGUAUAUAAUGCAGGAAUGGUAGCUUAUUAUGUUGCAACAAAAGGGAAACAGCCUUUUGGAAAUAAGCCCGAGAGACUGAUGAACAUGUUGGAUGGGAAACCUGUUGGCUUGGACAAAAUCAAGGAUGAAACAUUAAAAGACUUUCUGUCGUGGAUGUUGAAUCGACAACCAGAAGACAGACCAUCAGCUACCGAGGCGUUAAAACACCCAUUUCUUAUGUCGGAUGACGAGAAAUUUGAUUUAUUAUGUAAAGUUGGAAAUCUUCAACAGAUUAAGACAAAUGAUUCCAAGUCAAUUGUCGUUCAACAUCUGAAUAGCGAAACGUUAGAUUGGAGAUGCCAAAUGGAUGAAGAUGUAUAUGAUUAUUUUAGAACGAACGUGAGGACUGGAGAGAUUUUUAGUUAUGGAUCUUCAAGGACAGAGUGCUUGAGACUUAUUCGAAAUACUGGCGAACAUUGGUACGAUGAACGACGACCUCUACCACAACCAAAACCAUUUCAUAAGAUUGGUGAUCACAAGUCGUAUUUUCUCAAAACAUUUCCCACUCUCCCUGUUAGGGUGCACGCUGCGGUGAGGUCCGAUGAAGAACUGAAAAACAAUCCAGAACUCAAGAACUUUUUAAAUUUUAGUGAAAAGAAACAACAUCGAAAAUAAACAGUUUUUAAACAGUAAAAACAGUUUGUGAAAAGGCAAGCGUCCAUGAAGAAUUUGUAGAUACCGUUGUAAAUUAUAAUUUCCUCAGAUUGGAAAAGACAAAUACAUUUUGACGUACAUCAUUAUUUAAAUGUUGGCUUUCCUUGACAGCUAGAUAAAUCGAUUGCCACCAACACUAAAACAAUCCAUUGUAUAAAGUCGAUGAUCCUAAGGAGUUCUUUCUGAAAUCCCCGUCAGGUCAAAUGACGAAUAGAAAAACAACCGAGAACUUAAGAACUUUUUUAGUUUUUAAUGAAAGCGAACCACAUCAAUGAAAAGUUUAUAGGCAGGAAAACAAAUUAGAAAUCAAUGAUGAUGUGCAUCUAGCUUACAUUAUUGAAUGAUAUAGUAUCUCAUUAUUUAAAUUUUAUUCUCAAUUACUUUGGUUAAAGACGUAUGACUUUCAUAUAAAUACGUUUGAUUUCACUGCCAAAUGUACACUUCGCCCUUCAAACAGUAUAAACUCUUUUAUAAAAGUAAAUGGUGUUUCUGAAAUUAUAAUAAUGACUAAGGCCCCGUUUGCGUACACUAACCGGGAUUGCUAUCAAA